AUGAAAAGCAUAAAAGGGACUUCACAUGAAAAGGAAAACAAUCUACAUAAAAAACAAAUAUUUUCUGGAGGAAAAGGAAAAAUUAGAAAAGAAAUAAGGAUGUAUAAAAGGAUACACAAAAAAAAAAAUAAUCAAAAGAGUAAGAAUAAAUAUAAAGGUAAAAAGAUUGAAAUAAUUCAGAAAAAAAAAAAAAAAAAAAUUAUAACUAAUAAAAACAAAUUGUGUAAAAAAAAAGCAUAUAACAUAUUACGCUCUUUACAAGGGAAUACCAAUUCAAGAAAUACCAUUUUUUUGCUAAAAAAAAAUGAACCUCAUAAUAACGAUAACAGUGACAGCACCUCUUACUGCCUACUACUCAUUAGCAAAAGAAAUGCACGCGGUCAUACUAUUUUAGAAAUCCCUAAUUAUAUGAACGAAACCGGCUUCCAAGAAGUAUGCUUCACUCGAAUAUUCAAAAAUAUGCUCCCCGUAUUUCAGACCUACGAAGGGAAAGCGCAGAAGGGAAUAAGAAGUGGUCAAAUAGUAGGAGCCGAUGAAAUAAUUAGAAGCGGUGAAAUAAUUAGAAGCGAUGAUAUAAUGCGAAGCGAUGAUAUAAUGCGAAGCAAUGAUAUAAUGCGAAGCGAUGAUAUAAUGCGAAGCGAUGGUAUAAUAAGAAGCGAUGGGAUGAUAAGAAGCGAACGGAUGAUAAUAGGCGAUGGGGUUAUAAGUUCUAAGCUAAUACAAAGUGAUGCGAGAAUGACACGUGCAAAGUUAAAUAAAAUCGAUAUUCGAUUUACCAAUAACAGAUUUUGCACAAUAGCAAGAAAAAAAGGGGGCUAUACACCCUUCUCAUUAAUGAUUUCGAAUUUUCAAUUAGGAAAAAAAAAAAAAAGUUCUUGUGCACUUCUCUGUUUUUUAGAGCUUGCAAAAUCAAUCAUUAAAACUGCAAGUAAAAACGAAACUUCUGAGCGAACGGAUACAAUAAGUAGAAAAACUAGUACAAGAAAAAAAAAAGUUCGUAAAGAGAAAAAAAAAAAUAUACAUUGCCCAUUAAAUUGCCCAUUAAAUUGCCCAUUAAAUUGCCCACUAAAUUGCCCACUAAAUUGCCCAUUAAAUUGCCCAUUAAAUUGCCCAUUAAAUUGCCCAUUAAAUUGCCCACUAAAUUGCCCACUAAAUUGCCCAUUAAAUUGCCCAUUAAAUUGCCCAUUAAAUUGCUCAUAUUACCCACUAAAUUUCUCAUUAAAUUGUUCAUUAGUAUGCUCAUUAAUAUAUAAAAAAGUGAAGGGUACGAAGAAAUGUGUUAUUACAUGUGAUCCAUGUUAUUACACGACCAAUUAUAUUAGCAGCAAAUUAUUAUUAUCAUUAUUAUUAUUAGAAACAGAAGUAGCAUUAUUAUUUAACACUGAAAAAGGUGAGAAAAAAGGGAUAGCACUAUUUUUAUUGCCUAGGUUGAGAGCACUUCGAGCAAUUAGCAACAAGUUAAGUCAAAGAAAUUUUAAAACAGAAAGCAUUAGAAAAAGAAGAAAAGAGAAGCACUACCGCUGUAGCUGCAAGUAUCGUGAUAACUACGACUGCGAUAACGACUGCUACUGCGACCUCUUCCGCUUCUUUCUCUGCGUCCUCUUCUGCUUCCACUUUUUGUACCACCGUGCGCAGGCCGCAAAAUGCGGCUUCAUAAACAAAAAGCGUAUGACUGUCAGUACCAUGACAAGCUUUUUGUGCCUGCGCGUAGUACGUAAAAAGUCAAAACGAAAGGUUAUCAUUUCUUUUUUUGGAAAGAAGCAUGAAUGUUUUUUCCUUCUCCUUAUAAUGAAAAGUCAAGUGCACAUAGAUGAUGUAGUAACAGAUGAUGUAGUAACGGACGAUGUAGUAACGGACGAUGUAGUAACGGACGAUGUAGUAACGGACGAUGUAGUAACGGACGAUGUAGUAACGGACGAUGUAGUAACGGACGAUGUAGUAACGGACGAUGUAGUAACGGACGAUGUAGUAACGGACGAUGUAGUAACGCAUGACUUAAAAAAAAGCAUAUUCCAUUUUAACCAAUUAACAAAAAAUAUUUCUGAGUUAUAUGAGGGGGACGCCUGUCCUUAUUACAAGGCAAAAUUUGAUUCGACAGAGUUUAAUAAAAGUUCAUUUAAAAAUAAAAAAUGCAAUAAUGAAUUUAAUAACGUACUUAAUGAAGAAGAUACAAUAAGAAAAAAAAAAAGAAAAAAAAAGGAAUUUUUCAUUAUGAGAUCAAUAAAUAAAUCCCUCAUUCACAUUCUUUUAAAAAUAAAUCUUUUAACCAAGCAUACUUGUUUAUCCACUCAUAUGUGUGGUAUGGAAGAGAGUACGAUUGUUAUUCUUAUCCCAUAUAAACUGUGUUACCAUUUUUUAAGUAAAAAUAGAAUAACUGUUCGCACUAUUGAAAAAAGGACAAAAUCAUAUAAGAAUAAUAUUAAAAAGGAUAUAAAAAAAACAAAUAAAUAUAAAUUUAAAUUUAAUUAUUAUCUAAACAAGAGACGAAAUUACAAUUUUCUCAUUAAACAUUAUACUAUCAAGUUAUGUGUAAAUAGUAAAUUCGUGCAUUAUUUAUUAAAAUAUAUGAAUAGGGACAAAAGAAAAAUUAUAAAAAAAAUUGAAUUAAGUAAAAAACGUUUUGUCAAAAGUGAUAUGUUAGCUUUUUCUUUCUCUUCGGAUAAAGAAUAUAAUAUAAUAAAUAUUACUCAAGCAAUUACAUCCUGUACGGAGCACCACAUUUUUGUUAUACCACAUGAACAAGUGAAUAGAGACACAGCUACAGAUGCUACACCUAGUAGUUUUACUGUGUGCACUGCUUUUCCAGUUUUUAUGAGAAACAAAAGCGGAGUAAAUUAUUAUAAUGAAACAUGCUCAAGUGAAACAUACGCGAGUAAAACACACUCGAAUAACACGUACACAAUCUCUGCAAACCACUUGAAGAGAGCAAGUGAGGAAGAGAUACAUAAAUGCAACCACGCAAAUAUAUCAAAUAAAGGAAAACCUCUAUCAGAAUUAGUUUAUCAUGUGAGGUGCUUUACGUACAGAAAUAACCACUCAAGGUGGGACUACUACGAUAGUCGUGAUAUUAAACUGCCAAAUUUUGUAAUCCCUUUGUGUAACCAUCCAAACACAAACAUGAAAACAGGAGAUGCAGAAAAAGGCGAUUUAAACGAAAGGAUAGAUAUAAAGAAUAUUAUAAAAAUAAAAAAAAAAAAAAUUGAAAAAAGGGUAGCAAAGAAAAAUACUGUCAUAGGGGAAUACAAAUGGAGUCAUAACUCCGUUUGCAUGUACAAACAGAAAAAAAAGAACCAAAUAAGUAGCCAUUAUCAUAUUAAUGGUACAUAUGAAUAUUCAUUUUCGAUUUUCAAUAUUGCCUAUGGGGGAGGAAAUCGAAAUAGUAAUUCGAGAGUUAAUUAUAACUCGUUUUACCAUAAAGGAUGCCUUGUUGAUGUGUUUCGCAUGGGAAAUCGUCACCUUCCCUCCAGCCACUACAACAAUAGUAGUAUCGUCCUACAUGUAUCAAAUGUCGAAAUGGAUAAAGAAGUUCUAUGUAAAAAUGUGAGCAUCUUAAGUGGAAAAAAAAAAAAUGUACAUAUAGACAUAAACACAAAAGAAGUGCUUCUACUGGUAUGUGGAAGUGAAGAUGUUACCAUAACUCGAAUGAACAAUAACAAAAUUGGUUUCAAAUAUUUAAAUUAUAUUAACUAUAAGGAUAUCCUAAAUAACAGAAGCGCAAACGAUUGUACACGGAAAAAGAGGAAGUGGUAUUAUACUCCUGAUGUGUACACAAAACUGCAUAACAAGAAGAUACAGAAAAAAAAAAAAAAAAAAAAAAAGGGAAAAAGGCUAACCCGCAUUAAUACGCACGAGCACGAUGAGCAUGAUGCGCACAUGUUUCUUAAUCUUCUCAAUCUGCUCAAUCAGCAGAGUAGCAGAAUAGACGAAUCCCUGGAAGGCAAAAAGGAGGCAAAAGAUGAAUGCAUAUCUGAACGCAUAUCAUCAAAAUGUUGUUCGAAUUACAGUAGUUCAGUAGAUAUCCAAAUGAAUGAAAGACAUCGUAGGAGUAGAUUUAACAGUUCAACGAGUGAAUGUAAAGAGGAAGGUUUUCCUAAAUAUUAUCACACCUAUGAUAAUGAUACAGUUACUCAUUUGUUAAAUUAUUUAAAUGAUUCAUCAAGUAAACAUACUUGGAGCGAAUCAGAAGGAUCGAAAGAUUUAAGUCGAAAUAUAUAUAUGAGGAGAAAUUUUUCAGAUAGUAAAGUUAGUGAUGACGAAAUGGUAUACGCUGAAAAAACGUUGCAUCGAAUAAAUGAUUUAUCACAUGUAAGAGGGGAAACAAAUCAUUACUGCUGUUAUUACCUACCUAAUGGAUUCCAUCGAAAGUCAGUGGAAGUGGAAUUGUUUACAAGAAAUAAAGCAAACGAAGAUAGUGCAACUGAUGUACACAAUACAGUAAACAACAGUGCGGUCAUAUCCUCAGAAAUAAAUGAAGAAAAUAUUCUAAGCGAAAAUUUAAUGAAUAAGACCCCCGUGGGUCAUAAUGGUGGCUCGUUACUGUAUAAAAAGGAGGGAGAGGGAAAGGAUAUCAUAACUCAGGAAAAAAAUAAAAAUAAAAUUAAAAUUAGAAAUAAAAAGACAAAAAGACAAAAAAGAGUCAAUCAGAUGGACUGUGUGUUGAAAGAGGAUCUUCCCCAAGAGAGCAUAGACGACAUUCUUCAAUCGAACUCAGACAUCAAGUUGGGCUGCAACAGUAGUGGUAGAAGUAAUGGAAGCAGUAACGGCAGCACUAACGAAAGCAGAAACAGCUACACCAAAUACAACAAUGGAAGCAGUGCUGGCAAGUAUAAUAACAGUGGUAGCACUAGCAAGUACAACAAUAGUGGUGGUAGUGGUACGGGUAGGCACGACAUAGGCUGUGGUAACGGUGUUGGAAAAUUGCGCACCAUUAGUAGCGGCAGCAGCAAUAGUGGAAGCGUCAAUGAAGGGGAAGAAAAGAAUCAGCGCAUUGAGAAUACAUCCGGGAGAGGGUGUGGAAAAAGCAGAGCGGAUAAUGACGUUGAUUUGGAGGUUGCCGUAAUGGAAAGACAUAGUAGCAUUUUAAUUAAUAGAGGAAUAAAAACUAAGAAAUGUGUUGACUAUUCAUUGUAUAAUACAUAUGCAAAAUCAUCCUUUUUGCAGUGCGCAGAACAAGCAGAUAACCAUUUUAUAGGUAAUUAUUUAGAUAGAUAUAAUGAUGAGAAUUUUUAUCAUUUAAGGCAAAAGGUAAAAUUGUGUUUAUCAAGAACUUUUGCUAAUUUAAAAACAACUAGCGAAACUUGUGUUCUACAUUUUACUAAUUUAAUAUUUGAUUUAUAUAUAAGUAGAUUUAAUUCGAAGGAAGAAAUUAUAGAGAGUAUAAUUAACGACAUAGUUACAGAGGAAAAACAAUUUUCCGAUGUGAUGGUACAAUUACUUAAAGAAUUUUAUCCAAAAAUUUAUUCCGAUUUUAUAUAUAAAGAACAAUUAAAAACGAAAUAUAACGUUUUAUAUAAAGAACUAAAAGACUCAUGUGAUUUAAUAUAUCAUUUUAUAGCUAUUAUUUGUUUAUUCAUAUCGCAGAAAUAUUAUAAUUAUAGAUUAAUUUCAAUUGAAUUAAUAGCAAAAACUUAUUGUAAAAGUCAUUUAGAAGGAUUAAAAAAAGUAUACUCCUUAAAUAAUGAAUUAAUUAAAGAAGCCUCUCCUGAUUAUUACUCAGCUACACAAUAUUUAGACACUACUUUUUCCUCUCAUAGUGUUAAUAAAAAUUUUGCUUUAGAAGUUGAAAUCUGUAUUUUGAAAAAAUUAAAUUAUGAUUUAUCUAUUCCAACUACUUAUAGUCUGUUAGAUAGUCUACUUAAAGCUAAUGAAAAUAUUAAUUUUUUGAAAGUCAAAAAUGAUUAUAACUCAACUGAAGGAGAAAUUUUACUUCGUAUCGCUAGUAUUGAUAAUAUAUUCCUUAAAUAUAAAUCCUCCACGCUCUCUAUGGCCAUAUAUGAAAUUCUAAAUUUCAAUAUUUGCAGAGAUAAAAUGCAGAGGGAAUUGUUCGACCUUAAACAGUUAAAAAAUUCUGGUCAGUACCCUAAGGGGGAUAUUAACAGGGCACAAGAGGAACAAGAGAUCGGACAUGUAGGUGCAGAUGCAUAUACCUAUGCAGAUGCCGAUCCAGGUCCAAAUAUGCAGCCGGACAGCCUAGCUCGAAAAGACGUACCUUCAAAUAACGAAAUAAAAGAAAGAGAAAAAAAAAAUGAGCUCAAGCUUUUAAAAAGACAAGCAAGGAGCUUAAUAAUCGCUGAAGAAGAAGAUCGAUUCAUCAUUGCAUCCAAAUAUAUAAAUGAAAAAUGUAAAUUGUUCAAAUUUGUUAAAAAUGUUAUCGUAAACAUUUGUUUUAUUAUGAACAAAAAAAUCCCAAAGGCCUAUUACAAAUCGGACUAUGACUUAACAGAUCAAAUAAAAGGAUACAUUCAGAAAUUUCAUGAUAGCAAAAGGAGGUAUUUAACUCGACUUCGAAGGCGGAAAACGAGCAUAUCCAGCAAUGGCGCUACAUGCAAUAAUUUCGGUACAUCCGAUAUAUGCGGUACACCUAGUACAUGUGACGCAUACAUCGCCAAUAUUGGUAAAGCACACAGUGGGGGUAUGAAGCAGGAAGAAAGAAAGGAAGGAGGAGAAGCCACAACGCAGGGAGUAAAAGACAGUGAGAGGGGGAAAAAACAUGACUCAAAAACAAACUACAAAAAGUGCAGUAAGGAUAAAAUGACUGAUGGUUACCCGAACGAAGAAUUCAUAUCAAACAAAAGGCGAAAAUUAGAGGAGAGAGUUCCACCUGCGAGUGACGUAAAAAAGGACGAAUAUAAAUUUCAUUCGACAAAAAGCAAAAUUGCAUUAAAAUUUCAAAAAAGUAUAAGACAACUAAAAAAACUGAAAUAUGAUGAUAUCCCCAUCCAUUAUUGCACUCCUUACGUUUUAGAAGGGAAGGUUUUAAAAAUAUACAUAAAAAAAAGCAAUGAAAAUAAAAAGGAGCGAAAAAUUCAAAUUGAAAAUGAGUUUAUAAAUGAUAGCAGUACAAAAAAAAUGAUGAAAAAAAAUGUAGAAAACUAUGUGAAUGAUAAAAAAUCAUUGAGUAAGAACACAGAAACCAAAACGAAGAGUAACUAUAUCAUAGGAACGAGAACAAAAUCGACUGAUGAGCAUCUCGUAUUUUAUUAUAAUUAUAUAAAUAAAUUAAAAAGUAGAUUAACCAUAGGGUUGAAAUAUUUUUUACAUAGGAUUAAAAAAAUUAAGAGCAGACAAGUGUGCAUAUCACUAGUUAAUUUGAAUUAUUUACUCAGAAAAAAAGGAACUAAGAAGAAAAUAAAAAAAAGGAAAAAAGAAAAAAAAAAUAAAAAUAUUCCUUUAUAUAAACAAUUAUUAAACGAAGUUAAAAUUUUCUUUUUGUGGAUCUAUAAAUUAACAAGUAUUGAAAUUCGACCAUUAAUUCGUUUUUCAGAUUUAAAACAUUUAUCAACUGUCAAAAGUUAUGAAAAAAAUUAUUCCAAAUAUGUUAUGAAUAAAUUGAAAUAUAAAGAUGACAAAACACACACAGAUAUUAGUACCAGUUUAAGCAAAAAGGAAAAUGCUUCAAAUGUAACUAGUGUUAGCAGCUCAAGUACGACUAUAAGCAGAGCAGAACAACAUGACUAUGAUGUUAAUAAAAAUCAGAAUAAAAAUGCAAUUCAAAAAAUGAAUGUCCAUAUCAAUAAAGAAGACAAGGAAAAAAAAAGAAAUAAUAAAAUAAACAAUUACAAUAAGCAAUACAUUGAAGAAGUUAUCAAACCCAUUGAAUGCGAAGAAAAAAAGUUUUUUCAUUUUUUGAAAAAUUCAAGCUCAGUAAAAAGCGUAAGAGCACAACAUAUAAAUGAGGAAGAAGAAACAACAAAAUAUAUAUCUUGCACACAAGAACAAGAAGUGAAAGUAAAUCCCUUUAACCAAAAUUACGAAAAAUGCAUAUCAUCCAAAUGUGAAAAAUAUGACCAAGUUCAGAAAAAGAAAAUUUUUUUUGAGAAAACUAGCCAAUUAGGAGAAAAUGAAGAAGGUGAAAUGGCUAGCUGCGAGAGAAAAAAAACUGGCGAGGGGGAGAACGAUGAAGAGCUACAAAAGGGAACACAAGGAGAAGUAGAGACAAAGAUAGAAUUAAACACAGAAUUAAGUUCAAAAUUAAGUACGAAAUUAAGUUCAAAAUUAAGUACGAAAUUAAGUACAAAAUUAAAUGCAGAAGUAAAUGCAGAAGUAAAUGCAGAAGUAAAUGCAGAAGUAAAUGCAGAAGUAAAUGCAGAAGCAAAAGCAGAAGAACAGGGUGACUUCCCAUUGCGCAAAAAGGAAUAUGAGUCCCUAGAAAAAGGAAAUAUGCCCCCAGAGGAGCCAAUCGAAAACAACAGUCAUGUAUUUUCAAAGCAUAAUUUCGAGAACAUAACAAAAAUAAAUAGUGACUGGAUUACUAUUAAUGACCCACAAGUAGACGAGUGUGCAAAAGAAUUGAUGGAGUGUUUUUUGAAAUGGAAAAACAAAAAUUAUAUUUCAAAAAAUUGGACGUUUAAUGAAUACUCAAAUUAUAAAGAAUAUUAUUUAUCCUUAGUAUUUGGUGAUUUGAAAUCGUCCGAAACGCUUAAAGGGAUUAUAGAGAUGAUGCAUAUGAAAUAUAAUUACUUGUUAAACAUAUACAACGAAAUUAAUUUUUCGAAUGGCUCGGAUUAUAAAUAA